CCCGGUAAACUAGUGGUGCGCAAGUGCGCUACAGGCCCUUCCGGCUUCCCGUAGCUUCCUUUCCAGUUUUGGCCCUGUCCCCCGUCGCCGCAGCGUUUCCGGUCCAGUCCGGGAACUCCCCGAGCAUUUGUUAUCUUCUAGUUCUCUGUCACUUCGGCUUCUCCGUCGCUUCUCUGGCUGUCUCAGUAGCUGGCGAAAGUAAUUUCCCAUUCACUGCCGGUUUCGAGCGGAAAGGGGCCGUUCUCCGCCCCCUUGCUCGUUGCCCGCAGUCUUCGGCCACAGGAGACGAGUUUCAGGGUGUCAUGGCCAGGGGCCGCGGCGGCCGGCCGUGUGGGAGGCCUCUUUCAGCCGCCUGCGAACUCCUGUGGCCUCUGGGCCCCCCGGCGCCCGUCUCGGUCUGAACGCAGUCCCUUCGCGCCCGGGGCCGUCUCUCGCCGGGCCUCAUGGCCUCCGAGGCGUCAUCCCCGCCGCCGUCGCCCUCACGGUCACUGUCGCCGCCUACCUCCCCAGAGCCUGAACUGGCCCAGCUGAGGCGGAAGGUCGAGAAGUUGGAACGCGAGUUGCGGAGCUGCAAGCGGCAGGUGCGAGAGAUCGAGAAGCUGCUGCAUCACACGGAGCGGCUGUACCAGAGCGCUGAGAGCAACAACCAGGAGCUUCGCACGCAGGUGGAAGAACUCAGUAAAAUACUCCACUGUGGGAGAAGUGAAGAUAAUAAAAAGUCUGAUGUAGAAGUACAAACAGAAAACCAUGCUUCUUGGUCAAUUUCAGAUUAUUAUCAUCAGACAUACUAUAAUGAUGAUGGUCUUCCAAAUAAAGAGACUGAACUCUCAAUUCAGCAGUGUCAGUAUACUGAAGCGCCUCCUUUUGAUUCUAAACACCAGUCACAAAUAGAAAGUGAUACCUGUACCGGUACUGAUGUAACAGGAAAUGUUAAAUGUAGAGAAGAGGACCAUUUCAUCUUAGAUUCACAGGAAGCAGCAUCUGCAUUGGCAACAGAAAGUCCAUCCUUAGAAGGUUCGUCAUUAGCUGAAAGCUUGAGAGCUGCUGCAGAAGCUGCUGUGUCACAGACGGGAUUUAGUUAUGAUGAAAGUACAGGAUUGUACUUUGACCACAGCACUGGCUUCUAUUAUGAUUCUGAAAAUCAACUAUAUUAUGAUCCUUCCACUGGGAUUUAUUACUAUUGUGAUGUGGAAAGUGGUCGAUAUCAAUUUCACUCUCGAAUAGAUUUGCAGCCUUACCAGACUGCUACCAGAAAACAAAGUAAAGAUAAAAAAUUGAAGAAGAAAAGAAAGGAUCCAGAUUGUCCUUCAACAAAUGAAGAAAAGGAUUUGAAUUCAGAAAACCAAAAAGCCUCCAGUGUUGAAUAUUUAAACUGCAGUGAAGGAGAAAAUUUUGCAAAUGUGAAAAAGAAGGUCAAAAUAGACAGUCUAGAAUCUCCUGUUAAUGAGAACAUCUCUAAAUCAGCCUCAUUUAAAGAUGACAAAAUUAUAGAGAGUGAUAGUGAGCCAGAAGAAGGUGAAAUCACAGACUCUCAGACCGAAAGUAGUUACGAUGAAGAUGCUACCAGCGAAGACAAUAGGACUGCAGAGGAGACAGAAGAUGAAGAUGAAGAAAAGAUUUGGCCUCCGUGUAUUAGAGUCAUUGUUAUUAGGUCACCUGUGUUACAGACAGGAUCACUUUUCAUCAUCACAGCUGUAAAGUCUGCUACAAUUGGAAGAGAAAAAGACAUGGAGCACACUCUCCGAAUCCCUGAAGUUGGUGUUAGUAAGUUUCAUGCAGAAAUUUAUUUUGACCAUGAAUUACAAAGUUACGUCCUUGUGGAUCAAGGCAGUCAAAAUGGCACAAUUGUUAAUGGAAAACAGAUUCUUCAGCCAAAAACUAAAUGUGACCCUUAUGUACUUGAGCAUGGAGAUGAAGUAAAAAUUGGAGAGACCGUGUUGUCCUUUCACAUUCACUCUGGCAGUGAUACCUGUGAUGGCUGUGAGCCAGGGCAGGUUAGAGCCCACCUUCGCCUCGAUAAGAAAGAUGAAUCUUUUGUUAGUCCAGCAUUAAGUAAGGAGGAAAAAGAAUUGGAAAGAAGAAAAGAAUUAAAGAAAAUACGAGUAAAAUAUGGUUUGCAGAAUACAGAUUAUGAAGAUGAAAAGGCACUGAAGAAUCCAAAAUAUAAAGAUAGAGCUGGAAAACGCAGGGAGCAGGUUGGAAGUGAGGGGACUUUCCAGAGAGACGAUGCUCCUGCGUCUGUCCACUCUGAAAUUACUGAUAGCAACAAAGGUCGGAAGAUGCUGGAGAAGAUGGGCUGGAAAAAAGGAGAGGGCCUGGGAAAGGAUGGUGGAGGAAUGAAAACUCCGAUCCCGCUUCAGCUUCGGCGAACACAUGCAGGCUUGGGAACAGGCAAACCAUCCUCAAUUGAAGAUGUUCCCCUUCUCCAAAGCAAGAGCAAAAAAAACUGGGACAAAGCACGAGAGAGGUUUGCUGAAAGCUUCCCUGAAACCAAACCUCCAAAGGAUACACCAGGGACCACACCUUGGGUAAAAGGGACUGUGGAGUGAAGGGCAGUCAUCAAAAAAACUUCAGCUUCUUUUACAAAAAGAAUCUGGGGACUCUUUAUUUUAUUGAAAAAAACUUUUUUCCCCAUUAGAGUCAGUGACAUAGAGAGCUGUUUCACAGAUGAUUCUCUCGUGAUUCAGAAAUGUGUAAUAAAGUGUGGUUUGCAGCUUAUAAAAACCAUUUUUGUAAUGAAUGAGUAGACAG